AUGGAAAAAAAAAAGAAGGAAAGUACCAUAAAAAUAUCUCUUAAUAUAAAUACGAAAUUUAACGAAUCUUAUUUGGAUGAGCAAAAUGAUAUAAUAAAUGAGGCACUUAUUAAGAACAAUAACAAGGAAAUUAUACAUUCCCUGAAUCUUAUUGAAAACAUUCGACAGGGGACAUUCGACUACAAGGAUCUCAGAGAAGUUUAUUUUAUGAACGACAAUGAUUUGUUCAGCAUGUUAAAUGAUAAGAAAGCCUCAGAAGAAAAAGGGAAAGGUAAAGAAGACGCACAUAAUAAUAAUAAUAUUGAUAAUAAGAUAUGUAAUAAUGAUAAGGUAGGUGAUAAAAAUAAAAAGUUAAGUAAUAAUAAUAAUAAUAAUGGAAAUGAUUUAAAUAUACAGAUUGAAGGGGAUCAGAAUUAUAAUUUUAAUAAAAAUAAUGAGACUAAUAUAUUUGUUCUUGAUAAUGAUGUAGAUAAAGUAUGUAUUAUUCGCUUCCCAUUUUCUGUUUCAAAAGAUAUCAAAAAAUAUUUAUUAAACAAAAAUUUAGAUAUGGUUAUUCAACCUACUACUUUAUUAAAUUCAAGAUUUUUUCUUAUUCAUUUUAAAAAUAUAAAUAAAAAAUUUCAUGGAAUUCUAUUAGAAUUAUCUACACAUAUCGAGAUACAUAAAACAUUAGAUAGAAAUAAUUUAUAUAAAUCUAAUGAUGUUUCUCAAAUGAUUUAUGUAUAUGAACAUAAUACAAAUAGUAAAGAACUCUUGAAAAAAUUUAUAAAUAAUAAUUUCGAACUAUGCGGAGGAAUUAGUAAAAAACUCAAUCAUUUCAUUUUUCAAAAUCAUACAAAAUUAUUCAAAUAUCAUGAUAUAUAUUUUGCUGAAAAACUUAUAUAUGAAUAUUUAAAUACACCAUAUUAUGAUUAUUUUGAUUUAUAUGUAAAAACAUUAAAUGAAAUGCAUAAUCAUAUAAUUAUGGAAAAAGAAAAUAAUAAUAAACAAAAUGAAAUUGUUGACGAAACAACGGAUCUUGCAGCUAUCCUGGGAUCCUUAGAUAAUUCUUAUAAUAUUAUGAAUUUAAUUGAAAAACAAGAUGGAGAUAUAGAUUUCGAAGCAUUAUUAAAUUAUGAUAUAGAAAAGGAAAAUUACGAAUCGGACGUCUCCGACUUAUUACUGGGCGGCACAUAUUAUUUACAAAAGAAGUAA